AUGCCGAAUCAAGGAAGUAGAAUACAAACUAUUCUCAUCGGCGAAACAAAUGUUGCUGUAGGCUUUGGCAAAAUUUCCAAUACAAUUGCACGUGUACUAAUCAAUUCUAAUUAUCCAGACUCUAUGAUAAGUAAGAGAUUUCUCUCAAAACUUGGUACUCGCAUGAAUAAACGUAAACGGCGCGCUGCACCACACGAAGGUGGAUUUAUGAUAAACGACGAAAUAUUACCUGUCGUAUGUCGUAUAUCAUUGCCAAUAAAACUUAAUGGCACUACUCGAUUUGACAAUAUGAUUGUGAUCAACGGUAUGCAACUGGAUUGCAUAAUCGGUCACGAUUUUAUCGAAAAACAUGAAGUUACAUUUGAUCCCCAACUAAAAACAAUAUUAUUUAAACAGAUGCACUUACACAAUCAUCAGAAGAAAACUACAACAUAA